CUUAGAGAGAGAGAGAGGAAGAAUAAGAAGGGGAAGGAGGGGGGCGCGGGGUGGGGGGGUUAACUUUUAAAAUAUAAACUUAAUGACGCGACGAAUAAAAGCGCCGCGAAUUAAACAACAAAAAUGUCUCGAAAUCGCGGCGCGUGAGGGGAAAAUCGGCGAGAUUCCGCGGCGGCGGGGAGAGUUUUGCACGAUUUAGCCGUGAGGGAGAAGACGUGGCUGGUGGUGGUGGUGGGUGGUGGUUGAUGGUGGUGGUGGUUGUUGUUGUUGCUGCAAGUUCGCGGCAAUUUUGAACUCGCGGUGUUUGGGCCACUUCGGGUGGAGAGACAUGAGAUAAGAAGAUGGCGGCGGCGGUGGUGGUGGUGGCGAGCGGAGACCGCGGUGGUGGUGGUGGUAGUAGUUGUGGUGGUGGUUGUGGUGGUGGUGGUGGGGGUAGUGGUAGUGGUGGUGUAGGCUGUGGUUGUGGUGGGGGUAGUGGUCGUGGUAUAGGCUGUGGUGGUGGUGGUUGUGGUAGUGGUGGUGGUGGUAGUGGUGGUGUAGGCUGUGGUGGUGGUGGCGGUAGUGGUGGUGGUAGUGGUGGUAUAGGCUGUGGUGGUGGUGGUGGUAGUGGUAGUGGUGGUGUCGGCUGUGGUGGUGGUAGUGGUGUAGGCUGUGGUGGUAGUGGUGGUGUAGGCUGUAGUGGUGGUAGUGGUGUAGGCUGUGGUGGUGGUAGUGGUAUAGGCUGUGGUGGUGGUAGUGGUGUAGGCUGUGGUGGUGGUAUAGGCUGUGGUGGUGGUGGUGGCUCUGGUGGUGGUAGUGGUGGUAGUAGUGGUGGCUGUGGUGUAGGCUCUGGUGGUAGUGGUGGCUAUGUAGGCUGUGGUAGUGGUGGUGGCUGUGGUGUAGGCUCUGGUGGUAGUGGUGGCUAUGUAGGCUGUGGUAGUGGUGGUGGCUGUAGUAGUGGUGGCUGUAGUGGUGGCUGUAGUGGUGGCUAUGUAGGCUGUAGUAGUGAUGGUGGUGGUAUCGUGACAGCGAGAACAACAACAUCGCUGCCACUGCCGGCUACGGUUGUCCUUAAAAAUGAACUCGACUACGAUGACGACGACGAUAAUGAAGAUGCUGAUGAUGCCGAGGAUGAAGAUGCUGAGGAUGCUGAUGAUGAUCGACGUCUGAGGGCUGCUGCUGCUGUUGCUGCGGAGACUUUGGAUCUGAGCGCUGUGGAGAGAGACGCGUUGCCCCACCGCAGCAGGAGCUCGGCGGAGGCCAACAAGGAGGCGCCCAAGGGCCUGCCGAAGAUGGAGGAGCGGCCGGAGGACCGGCUCAUCCGAGAAAAGCUCAAGAGCACCUGCAUGCCGUCGUGGAAGCACGAGUGGCUCGAGAAGAAGGGCAAGAGGGGGCCCAUGGUGGUGAAGCCGCCGGCUGCGUUGGAGCCGUCCAGGGGUGCCGAGGGGCGGACGGACGGCAAGGCGGAGCGAAGGAAGCGCAGCCCCUCGCCGUGUUCCACCAACGGGGCCAGCGGCGGCGGCGGCAGCAGCCGGCCCGCGCUGUCUCCCGGCGAGCGUAAGCGCCGUACGUCGCCCGCGCCGAGCGGACGGGUGACCCCUCCGCGGCGCGCCCCCUCUCCCGACGGGCUGUCCCCCUACGGCCCCGAGGAGACGCAGCGGCGAGUCAGCAUGGUGAUGCGCGCGCGCCUCUACCUGCUGCAGCAGAUCGGACCCAACUCGUUCCUCAUCGGCGGGGACUCUCCCGACAACAAAUUCCGCGUCUUCAUCGGCCCCCAGACGUGCAGCUGCGGCCGUGGCACCUUCUGCGUGCACGUGCUGUUCGUCAUGCUCCGCGUGUUCCAGGUGGAGGCCACCGACCCCAUGCUGUGGCGCAAAACACUCAAGAACUUUGAGGUUGAGAGCCUCUUCCAGAAGUACCACACGCGCCGCAGCUCGCGCAUCAAGGCGCCGUCCCGCAGCGCCAUCCAGAGGAUGGUGGGGCGCAUGAGCACCUCGCAGGCCGCCUCCUCGUCCGCCGCGGCCAACGCCCAGACGCUGGCCGGCGCCGACGGCAGCAAGGACGAGGCAGAAGAGCAGACGUGCCCCAUCUGCCUGCUCGAGAUGCUGGACGAGGAGAGCCUCACCGUGUGCGAGGACGGCUGCCGAAACAAACUACACCACCACUGCAUGUCCAUCUGGGCAGAGGAGUGCCGCAGGAGCCGCGAGACGCUCAUCUGCCCUCUCUGCCGCUCCAAGUGGCGCUCCCACGAGUUUCACAGUUAUGAGGCCUCCAGCUCGGUCGACGCCCAGCCGCAGGCCCAGGUGCAGGCGCCGCCACCACCGCAGUCCCCGCACGGCGCCACCGCUGCCGCCAACAACCGGCAGAUGGACAACGAGGCGGCGCUGCUCCACUAUGGCGCCCAGCCCAUCCCCGUGGCGUACCGCGGCAUCGCCGAGCCCUGGAGCCAGGUGUUUGGCGUGGAGCUGGUGAGCUGCCUCUUCUCGCGCCACUGGAACAUCCGCGAGAUGGCCAUGCGCCGCCUCUCCCACGACGUCACCGGCUCGCUGCUCCUCGCCAACGGGGAACUGCGCGGCGCCUCCGCCAACGACGGCAGCGGCGGCGCCGCCGGCGGCGGUGCCGGCGGCGGGGGAGGAGCGGGGGGAGGAGGAGGGGGGGGAGCGGAGGGCGGCCCCCGGGACGGGCCGUCGGACCGCUCGGCGGGGGCCGUGAUGGAGUGCUGCUGCAGCGUGCUGUCCAUGGUGUGCGCCGACCCCGUCUACAGGGUCUACGUGGCCGCGCUGAAAACGCUGCGCGCCAUGCUGGUGUACUCCUUCUGCCAGAGCCUGGCGGAGCGAGCGCGUCUCCAGAGGCUGCUGAGGCCCGUGGUGGAGGCCCUACUGGUCAAGUGCGCCGACUCGCACAGUCGGACGAGCCAGCUGUCCAUCUCAAGCCUCCUGGAGCUCUGCAAGGGACAGGCCGGGGAGCUGGCGGUGGGCAGGGAGCUGCUCAACUCUGUGUCGCUGGGCCUCGGAGGCCUGGACUUUGUGCUCGGCUGCAUCCUGGGCGCCCAGACCUACUACGCCAACUGGCAGGCGCUGCUCGGACGCCUCUGCUUCAUCGACCGCCUGCUGCUCGAGUUCCCCACCGAGUUCUACCCCCACGUGCUCGCAGAGGGCGAGGGGGGCACAGAGGGCAUCGCCCUGGACAGGUAUGACAAGCUGCUGUCCCUGCUGAACUUCACGCUCAAGUCGCUGGACAGCUCCCACUCGGUGGUGGGGAAGGUGUCGGGCCGCGUCGUGCUGGGCGCCGCCCGCAUGGUGGCGCAGGUGCCCCACGUCUACCAGCGGCUCGUCGAGAUGCUCGGCGAGACGGGCAGCCACCCGCACCCGCACCAGCAGCAGCAGCAGCAACAGGGCCAGCAGCAGCAGCACGUGCACUACCACCCGCAGCUCCAGCUGCAGAUGCAGCAGCCGUUCUUCCAGCUGCACAACGCGCCGCCGCACCACCACGACGCGAGCACGGCGCGCCUGCAGCGCCGGCUGCUGAGCCUGGCGGAGGAGAUGGGCGUCCUCGACUGCAUACAGGCUCGUGACGACGCGGGCGACGGGCGAUUCGAAGGCUUCGUCGAGCCGUCGGCCCCCCACAACUCCCCCGCGGGCACCGCCCGCUCCACCCCCACCGCCUCCCUCCGCAGCGGGGGGGCGGCGGUGGGGGGGGGCCUCCCCCCACCGCCACUCCCUCCUCCCGCGCCCUUCGCGCCGGAGACGGCCUCCGGGCUGCUCUUCUACGACACGGCCAUGCCCGCGGCGUCGGGCGCCGUCACCAGGAACCCCGCGGUUGCUUCGGCGUCGUCGUUGGCGGCGGCGGCGUCCGCCCCCCGGGCCACCCCCAAAGACGUCAAAGCGCGGGACGGCAAGCCCGGCGCGCUGGGCGCGGCGCCGGUCGCUCUCGCCACGGCCGGCGCCGACGCACCGGCCUUGGCGAGCGCCGUGGGGCAGCCGCCUUCGUCUGUCGCGGGGGGUGGCGUCCCCAAGACUCAUCAGCCGCCGGUAGCGGCGGGAGCAGCAGGUGGCGCCAGCGCUCCGUGCGGUUACUCCGGCCAGCACGGCACAAGGACUCAACCGCAGCAGCAGCACGUGGAUAGGAGCCCCGGCACGCUCGCAAAGACGGACAGGUCUGCCGGCGCCGUGCUACCACCGGCGCCCGGCGACGCUCACUGCGGCCCGGCCUCGGUGAGAAACAAGUCGGCAGCGGCGGCGACGCCGUCGGUCAAGCACAACGCCGGCGGCGCAACGGCAGCGGCGUCUGCGUCGUACCCCAGCCUGGUGCCGUUUGCCGAAACCGGCGGCGGAGGAGCCGACGAGAAAGGCGCCGUCGCAGCCAGGCCGGCCGCGGACUGGCACGGUGGCUCGCAGGCGGCGGGCGAGACGAGGGGGCGGGCGCCGGGCGCCGGCAAGCAGACGGCGGGGGGGUCGGCGACGGCGUCGUCGGGGUGGAAGGACGUCGGCAGGCCGGGAGCGGCACCGGGCGCCAGGCCCCAGCCGCCGCCCCUCGCCGUGAAGCCGCACAUCGAGCGCGGCUCUCCCGAGCGGCAGAAGAGGCCGAGCGCGUCGCAGCCCCGGCAGCAGCAGCAGAGCCAGGGGGGCGCCGGCGGCACCGCUCACCGGGCGGCGUCGGUGGCGCCGCUCGCCGCCAAAGAGGAACGACCGUGCGAGCCGGAGGGCCACGGCAGUGACUCGCGGUCGGCGCCGGUGCCGGAGACCGCGUCCCGGCAGGCAUCCGGGCGCAAGUGCAAAGACCGCGGCUGCAAGCGCAGGGACCCGAAGGAGCUUGCGGGCAAGGAGCCCCGUGGCGCCGGCGUUACCGGCGCCGGUGGCGGCGUCGGUUCGUGGCUGCAGAACGGUGUCGGCGGGAUGUCGCCGGGGCAGGGACGGGUGCAGCGGAGCGACGACGACGACGACGGUGACGACGGUGGGGAGCAGGAGGAGGAGGAGGACUCUGAGACGGUGCGUUUGGGUGCCGGCGACGAUCGUCACGGCGUGACGUUCCACUCCGAGGUCGCCAUGACGAUGAGCCCGGACGGCGGGGCGGAGCCGGGAGACUCGUACCGCGAGGAGGUGGAACGGGACCAGCUGUGCAAGGAGAAGGUGGAGCAGGAGGAGGAGGAGGCGCUGGCGAUCGUCAUGGCCAUGUCGGCGUCGCAGGACGCGCUGCCCGUCAUCCCGCAGCUGCGGCCCGUGGGCACCCUGGACAUCAUCCUCGUGCAGACCGAUGGGAUGGAGAAGAUCCCAGGCCACGGAAAGGCCCGUCAGCCGUACCGGGAGGGUGCCGAGUGGUUCAAGGGCCAGCAGAUCGGCAUGGGGGCCUUCUCCUCCUGCUUCCAGGCACAGGACGUUGGCACCGGCACGCUCAUGGCCGUCAAACAGGUGACGUACGUGCGCAACACGGCGUCGGAGCAGGAGGAGGUGGUGCAGACGCUGCGCGAGGAGAUCCGCCUCAUGAGCCGGUUGGACCACCCGCACAUCGUGCGCAUGCUGGGUGCCACGUGCGAGAAGAGCAACUACAACCUCUUCAUCGAGUGGAUGGCCGGUGGCUCGGUGGCUCACCUGCUCAACAAGUACGGCCCCUUCAAGGAGCCCGUGCUGCUAAACUACGUCGAGCAGCUGCUGCGGGGCCUCUCCUACAUCCACGAGAACCUCAUCAUCCACCGAGACAUCAAAGGAGCCAACCUGCUGAUCGACAGCACGGGCCAGCGGCUAAGGAUUGCAGACUUUGGGGCUGCAGCCCGCCUCGCGUCCAAGGGGACGGGUGCCGGGGAGUUUCAGGGACAGCUGCUGGGCACCAUCGCCUUCAUGGCGCCAGAGGUGCUGCGUGGGCAGCAGUACGGGCGCAGCUGCGACGUGUGGAGCGUGGGCUGCGUCGUCAUCGAGAUGUCGGGAGCCAAGCCUCCUUGGAAUGCCGAGAAGCACUCCAACCACCUGGCUCUCAUCUUCAAGAUCGCGAGCGCAUCCACGCCGCCCGCCAUCCCGGCCCACCUGUCUCCCGGCCUGCGCGACAUCGCGCUGCGCUGCCUGGAAAUCCAGCCGCUGGACCGGCCGCCCACUCGGGAGCUGCUCAAGCACCCGGUCUUCCGGACGUGGUGACCGCUCACCACCAGCUCCACCAAACUCACUCAAGCACCUAGUCUCUGCUGGACGUGGUGACCACUCACCACCACCACCACCCUCUCACUCAAGCACUUGGAUGUGGAGACCGCCCACCACCACCACCCUCACUCAAGCACCUGGUCUCUUCUAGACGUGGUGACCCACCACCACCCUCACUCAAGCACCUGGUUUCUUAUGGACGUGGUGACCGCUCACCACCAGCUCCACCAAACUCACUCAAGCACCCGGUCUUCCGGACGUGGUGACUGCUCACGAGCACCACCACCCUCACUCAAGCACCUGGUCUCUUCUGGACGUGGUGGCCGCCCACCACCACCACCCUCACUCAAGCACCUGGUCUCUUCUGACCGCUCACCACCACCACCACCCUCACUCAAGCACUCAGUCAGGCAAGAGGGGGGAGGGCGGUGCCCACCGUUCACCUUUGACUCCCCACCCUGCCUGCCCAGCGGUCCCGCUUGCUUGGCUGCCUGCCCGUCUCGGAUGCAGGAGCCAGUGGCUUUCCCAGUACGCUACCUCACACAUCUUCUCUCUGGCGGUCUCGCUCUCUUUCGUCGUCAUUCCAUCGGUGAGCGAUCCGUGUUUUUAGUGUCCUGUGAAGAGAGAAAAAAAAACGUCUUGUCAAUGUUCGAUUUGUCCUUUUAAAAAAAGAUGCUUUGCCCAUUCAUGUUGACGUCGGUUUGCCAGCGUUUUGUUUCACUCUGGAGGACACGGGAACGAUGCCCAGCUGAUCUGAGAGAACAGCUGUGGGUCGUUCAGGCCUGAGUUUUUUUUAUUUGCCUGAUGACACCGGGCCGGGGAGGGGGGUCGGAGGCGUCUUGACAAACAUGAAAAAAAAAGAUGCGUCGUGUUAAUUUUCCAUGUUUUUUUAGCCGCGACCUCAAUCGAACUUUGUAAAUUCUAAGAAAACUAAACGAGGAGGGGUACCUUUUUUUCCCCACCUCGUCACGGUCGCUUCCCUGGCGCAGCGUGAGAUGGAGAGGGGGGAGGGGGGGGGAAAACAAAUCGUUUAAUAUUUUGGAGAAACUCUGCGCGGCUGCCGAAAGCGAUUUCUUUUUAAACGAGUGUUUGCCCGUAGUUUUAUCGGAGGCGUGCCUUGACCUCGACGAACUCCGUCUCAGCCCUCGCGAGGCGAUCCACCAACCCUCGCUGCCACCUCCACGGGUGCCCGGGUCACAGGCAGCAACGUGCAGGGCUUCACAGAUACACCCCCCCCUCCCUCCCCGAUUCACCUUCGCCGUUCUUUCUGUGAAUCCAUUCCGCCGUUGGCUCCGGGGAACCGUCGUCAGGAAGGGAUCGGGUCAUUGAUCAGCUUUGCACCUUUGCAGUCAUAAUAUCUUUUUUAUUACAAAAUAUUGUAUUUAUACUGCAGGAGGAAUCCGAUGAGCUAUGAAGCUCUUUUUGUGACAGAUGCCCGGUUACAGGGGGCACGGGGUAAGAGCGUCACAACAGCAAACAGUACAAGGGAUGCAAAUCAUCCAAACACGUACAAACACAACGCUAAACCAUCCCCAUCCUACCAGGGAAAGCCCACUGAGGUAUUAACUUCAUUUUCAGAAGCGACCCAGCCAUCGCAAAUGAUAGUCACUCAACAAAGUGGCCCAUCGUUUGGACAUUUAUAGCACCUACGUUGAAGAGAGAGAGAGAGAGACAGCAAUGUUGCAGAGGUUCCCGUCGGCGAUAAUUUUUUUCAUUCUAGAGACGGGGGGGGGGGGGUCCACCUCCAACCUCUGGAGCCUUUUCAGGGCGAGCGAGAGUCUCUUUGUGCGUGGCUCUAUGCUGUUGGGGGGGCCAGACCCCACGGCGUUGGUGUUUGUAAAGUGCAUUUUAUAUAUAUACACACACACACACAAACACACGAUUGAACCACUUUUUUAAAGCUUCCCCUGUAUUAAGAAAAGGGCUAGAAUUUAAAUCUAUGCAAUUGCGCGAAUGGACUUCACCCUCCUCAAGCAAUAGUGACGAACCCUUAACUGUCGAGAGAGCAAUGUCUUUUCUCCAUCACGAGCGUUUGUCAGGGGAUCCUCAAGCGGGAGGAGGGCCACGACCGAGAUCUGCGAGACCUUUGCUCGAGGUUCUUUCGCGGCCAGUCGCUGUAAAACUUUACGGGUUGGGCCAGGAUUUGGCUAAUGUUCACCGGAUGAUUAAACCAGCAGGGGGGAGCUGAGGUUUGUCAGCGACGCCCCAAACGAGCGCCAAUUAUUUUCCGAGCAAGGGAGGCAACAAAACCCCGGUCGGCUUCCACGGAACGUCCGUCACCGUGAGCGUCCGGCGCUCGCUCCGGAUCUUUGGUGGCCACUUGAAGUGUCUCCAGGAAGCGCUCCAGAUCCUUGGUGGUCACGUGAAGUGUCUUGAAGCGCUCCGGAUCCUUGGUGGUCACGUGAAGUGUCAUGAAGCGCUCCGGAUCCUUGGUGGUCACGUGAAGUGUCUCCAGGAAGCUCUCCGGAUCCUUGGUGGUCACGUGAAGUGUCUUGAAGCUCUCCAGAUCCUUGGUGGUCACGUGAAGUGUCUUGAAGCUCUCCAGAUCCUUGGUGGUCACGUGAAGUGUCUCCAGGAAGCGCUCCGGAUCCUUGGUGGCCACGUGAAGUGUCUUGAAGCGCUCCGGAUCCUUGGUGGUCACGUGAAGUGUCUCCAGGAAGCUCUCCAGAUCCUUGGUGGUCACGUGAAGUGUCUUGAAGCGCUACGGAUCCUUGGUGGUCACGUGAAGUGUCUUGAAGCGCUCCGGAUCCUUGGUGGUCACGUGAAGUGUCUCCAGAAAGCGCUCCAGAUCCUUGGUGGUCACGUGAAGUGUCUUGAAGCUCUCCGGAUCCUUGGUGGUCACGUGAAGUGUCUCCAGGAAGCGCUCCGGAUCCUUGGUGGCCACGUGAAGUGUCUUGAAGCGCUCCGGAUCCUUGGUGGUCACGUGAAGUGUCUCCAGGAAGCGCUCCGGAUCCUUGGUGGUCACGUGAAGUGUCUUGAAGCUCUCCGGAUCCUUGGUGGUCACGUGAAGUGUCUCCAGGAAGCGCUCCGGGUCCUUGGUGGUCACGUGAAGUGUCUUGAAGCGCUCUGGAUUCUUGGUGGUCACGUGAAGUGUCUUGAAGCGCUCGGGAUCCUUGGUGGUCACGUGAAGUGUCUUGAAGCGCUCCGGAUCCUUGGUGGUCACGUGAAGUGUCUCCAGGAAGCGCUCCGGAUCCUUGGUGGUCACGUGAAGUGUCUUGAAGCUCUCCGGAUCCUUGGUAGUCACGUGAAGUGUCUCCAGGAAGCGCUCCGGGUCCUUGGUGGUCACGUGAAGUGUCUUGAAGCGCUCGGUAUCCUUGGUGGUCACGUGAAGUGUCUUGAAGCGCUCCGGAUCCUCGGUGGUCACGUGAAGUGUCUUGAAGCGCUCCGGAUCCUUGGUGGCCACGUGAAGUGUCUUGAAGCUUAUUCUUAGGUUUUUUCGGUAAAGUCGCGUAGGUAAAAACAU